AUGGUCUUGCUGAAUAUCCUGGCGCUGGUUUUCUUGUGCUUGUCCACUUCGUUUUCAUCUCCUGUUGCAGUGAGUCCGAGGAGUUGGAGCCACGUUCUGCAUGAGCGCCGGCGUGUUCCUCCAACCGGAUGGACGAAACGUACUCGUGUCUCUCCCGGCGUGGAGAUCACGGUGCGCAUCGCGCUCAAGCAGUCGAACUUAUUCGACCUUGAGAAACGUCUCCUUUCGGUUUCGACACCAGGUUCUAAGGAAUACGGCAAGUAUUGGAGCCAUCACCGGAUCGCAGAGACGUUCAAGCCAAGUGCGGAGAGCAUGAACACUGUAUGGCAGUGGCUUGUCGAUGCAGGCUUUGAUGGAAAGAUGGUUUGGAGUAGCCAAAGUUUAGGGUGGUUAAACGUCAAUACAACGGUAGGGGAGACGGAGAGCUUGCUGGGAACGAAGUAUUGGCUGUGGGAGCAUGAGGACAGUGGGACGGGACAUGUGGCUUGUGAAGAGUAUAGUGUGCCUGAACACGUGAGAGGCCACAUCGACUUCAUCACCCCCACCGUACACUUCGAUGCCAGAAUCAGAGCGAGGAAGAACAUACCCCAAGCUAAGAAGGAAAAAGGAGCAGGCUUUGGGGAAUGGGGAAAGGGCAACGAUUGUGCCCCAAAGCUCUCCCCAAAGCCCAAGCCAGUCCUCCACAAUUUGACGGAUUGCGCGAACAAUAUAGUUCCCGACUGCCUGAGGGCGCUCUAUGGCAUCCCGGAACUAGAUCAUAGGACGAAGUUGAAUCCAAAGAACAGUUUCGGUGUUGUCCAAUACACGCCCCAAUCCUACCUCGCAUCCGAUCUCGAUAUGUUCUUCCGCAAUUAUUCUAAGAACCAAGUCCAGAGACGCCCUUCUCUCCGCUCAGUCGAUGGCGGAAACGUCUACAACACACCCAAUUUCGGCCAAAAUAUCGAAGCAAACCUCGAUCUUGAGUAUGCGAUGGCGCUAGUAAAUCCACUGAAUGUGACGUUGUACCAGGUUGGAGAUCUGGUAAAUACGCAGUGGACUUCGUUUAACAACUUUCUGGACUCGUUGGAUGAGACUUAUUGUUCCAGAGAUGGGCAGACGGAAAAUGUUACGGUACCGAUUAUUGAUGCUAUUUAUCCUAGCAAGCUCCCUGGAGGAUAUGCUGGGCCGAGGAAUUGUGGAGGUUGGUCCGCAACUAAGGUUAUCAGCACAUCCUACUCCUACAAUGAGCACGAUCUCACGCCAGCUUACGAAAAGCGACAAUGCGACGAAUACGGCAAACUCGGUCUUGCGGGAACUACCUUCCUCUACUGUUCUGCCGACUAUGGUGUCGCGGCAAGCCUAGAUCGCUGCAUCGACCCUUCAAGCGGCGAAUACAAUGAGGGAAAGGAUGGACGCUUCGCCCCCAGUUUUCCCAGUACAUGUCCCUAUAUCACCAGCGUAGGCGCUACACAAAUCGCCCCCAACGCCCCUGUCACGGCCCCUGAGAUAGCCUGCUCUACGAAGAUAUUCUCGGGCGGUGGAUUCUCCGAUGUUUUCGCCAUGCCCUCUUAUCAAUCCAAAGCGGUGAGUAGCUGGUUCAAGAAAUAUUCUAAAGAUCUCGAGAGUGGUAAAAGGGGUUUUGGGAAGGAUAGGUGGAAUAGCACCGCCAACGCAAGGGCGUACCCGGACGUGAGUGCGAACGGAGCGGGAUAUGUGGUUGCGCUGGUUGGGAGCUAUGAUUACUUGCUGUAUGGGACGAGUGCUAGUACACCUGUAUUUGGAGCGAUUAUAACGCUUAUCAAUGAGGCGAGGAUGAAUAUGGGGAAGGCAAGUGUCGGGUUUCUGAAUCCCGCCCUUUAUAAGAAUCCUCGUAUGCUGAAUGACAUUACAAAGGGCUCGAACCCAGGAUGUGGUACAGAUGGCUUCAAGGCGACCCCCGGGUGGGACCCAGUGACGGGCCUAGGAACGCCGAAUUACCCACGGAUGUUAGAAUACUUCUUGAGGCAUUGA